AAUAAAAAUCGGACAGAGUUGCAUUAAAAUUAUAAAAAAGAAAAAAAAAGGUUUUGUUCAAAAAAUUUGAAAUGUGCAACGAAACAUAAUACUUACUCGUAAUAAAUGCGCUUAAUGAAACCAAUUUUUUUGAUGAAAAACCCGUGUGAAUGGCAACCAUCCAAAAGGAAAAGGAAGUAUGUCCGCCGAAACUAAAUUAAAAUUGCACGCUGACAAUUCCACAUUAACAUACACCGGCAUUAAUCACGAUGGUAUCGGCUUCGAACCGGCUAAUGACCACCGAACCAACAUUACCGAGCUUAAUGUGCCGUACACAGUUCUUGAAAUUUUGGUGGCAUUUUUCGCUAUCGUUGGAAAUGCAAUGGUCAUUAUCGUAUUCCAUCGGGAACGAAGACUUCGUCGACGCACAAAUUAUUACAUUGUUUCGCUGGCCUUGGCCGAUCUGUUAGUCGGUUUAUUGGGCAUACCGUUCGCGAUUCUGGCCUCCAUUGGAUUGCCGACGAAUUUGUAUACUUGCCUGUUCACCGUGUCACUGCUGAUUGUUUUGUGUACGAUAUCAAUAUUUUGUUUGGUGGCUGUUUCGAUAGAUCGAUACUGGGCGAUACUUUAUCCGCUGGCAUAUUCGAGAAAUAUUCGAACGAAGACAGUAGUAUUAAUUGUAACAUUUUGCUGGGUACUCGGCAGUAUUGUUGGAUUCUUACCGCUAUUUGGAUGGCAUGCCGAACCGAACCAAGCUUGUCUGUUCGUCAAAGUUAUGGAUUACAAUUAUUUAGUAUUUCUGUACGUGGCUACGAUAAUAACGCCAGCUAUAUUACUAUUGGCCUUUUAUGUGCACAUCUAUACGGUUAUUAUUAAGCAGGUUCGUCAAACGAUAACAAUAACAGCCAAAGGAGCUGGUAACAAAACAACCGAGCAAAGAAUUUCAAUUACAAAAACUCAAGGUGGUUCGAUGCUCAGAGUAUUAGGUGCUGCCCGAAAGCGUGAAGUGAAAGCAACACAGAAUCUGUCCAUAAUCGUUCUAUUCUUUAUGAUGUGCUGGUUUCCACUGUACACCAUCAAUUGCAUCAAAGCGUUCUGUCCCGAUUGCUAUGUGCCCGAACUGUUAACGUACUGUUGCAUCGUUUUGAGUCACCUGAAUUCGGCAGUGAAUCCCGUUUUGUACGCAUAUCAUCUGAAAGACUUCCGAGCUGCUUUAAAGUCGUUCAUUUUCAAAAUAUUUGGAAAGGAAAUCCAACAGCCAGACAUCAAUUACAGAUUUUCCAUAGCUAGCCAGCGAAGAUUUACGUCGCUGUUGGAUCAAAAACGAAAUUCAAUGCAACCGAAAAUUUAUGUCAAUUCACCUGUUUGGUUGCGACAACAGCAACACCGGACAGAAAUCGAGAGCAUAUCUCCUCUACACUUUAACAAGAAAUCAAACAAUCAACUGUGGAAAAUAGUCGAACAAGACUACAUUUCCGAUAACCAAAAGGAGGAUACGUCCGCAACGAACGCAUGUACCGACGUAUGUUUGAAAAACCAAACGUCUAGCUUAGAAAAAUCAAUACCUGGUGACGCAUAUUCAGAUAUGAUCACGAACCGUGAAUACACAUUCAAUUACGAUCAUUUGGACCAAGAUGCUCUGCUAUUUAAGAAAUACCAAGAAAAUUUGAAUUCAAAUCUGCCCGAAAAUAACAACCAAACCGAUUUGAACCGAUCAAAUUCAUUCAAAGAUCUCGCAUCUAAAUCAAUGAAUGACCUAAACAUUUCUCUUGUUUGUCGUCCGACAACUUUACCGCCGAAACAACAGCCACCAAAGAAUCAAUUCGGUCCGAUCUAUUGUCCGUAUAUUAAUCUCAUUUCACCGAAAUUUACAAACAAAAUGACUUAUAUGUUAAGUAAGAACCAUCAUCCGCCAAAUAUACUACCUGCCGUAUCUCUCAGUAAAAGUUAUAGCCAUUCGGAUUCAAAUGUUAGCCAAUGUAAAGCGAAAGAGCCUAGUCCGGUCAGCAGCACAAUCAGUGCUGUUUCAGAGCAUAUUCUCACCGAUGCAAAGCAAUCGAAAUGUGAUUGCAGUACCUCAAAUCCAGAUAUUUCAAUUUGAAAAAUCUUUGUCGUAAAUAAAUUUAAGAGAAAUUAAUUGUUAAUGUGAGUGAAAUAUUAAUUAUAUAAAAUGUUACAAAUGUUAAAAUGAAAUAGAUAAAAGCCGUGUGUGUAAUUGAUGUUAUUGAUAAAUGGAAAUAUUAAAAAAAAAGUUCUGUUUCGUAAGAAUAAAGAGAUA